GUUUCUUCCGUUCGCUUUGUAUAAUACACAUAUCAGUUCCUUCCGUUAUUUCGUUAUGGGUUUACUUUCUGGUCUAUUUGAUCGCUCGGGAAACAUGCGUCCAGAAACGAAGAAAUAUGCCGCUGAUGUGGCCGUUUUUGCCCUGUCGCAAGUAGCAUUCUACUUUGCGUUCAAAUGGAUUGUCAGCUCCUUGGAUCCAAAUAAAGCCAAGCGUCAGGAAGCCAAGAGCAAGAGCUCAAAAGUUCUUGGCAAGCUUGGUGUCAAGGAUCUGAAGUUGAGUGAAUACGAACAAAUUAUUGCAGCCGAGGUAGUCCAUGCCGAUGAGCUGUCGGUCACCUUUAGAGAAAUCGGUGGACUUGAUCAUAUCGUCCAGGAUUUACGCGAAAGUGUCAUUUAUCCACUCUGUUACCCAGAGCUUUUUACCUCUGCUUCUGGUUUAUUGGGUGCACCCAAGGGUGUCUUGCUGUAUGGUCCUCCUGGAUGUGGCAAAACGAUGUUGGCAAAGGCACUUGCUAAGGAAAGCAACGCUACAUUUAUCAACCUUCAUGUGUCAACAUUGACGGACAAGUAUUAUGGCGAAUCCAACAAACUCGUCGCUGCACUGUUCUCAUUGGCACGUAAAUUGCAACCUUCCAUCGUCUUUAUUGACGAGAUCGACUCCUUUUUGAGAGAACGUCGAAGCACGGAUCAUGAAACAACCGGUAUGAUGAAGGCCGAAUUUAUGAGUAUGUGGGAUGGUUUGACUACCGGUGAAGAUAGCCGCAUUGUUGUUCUCGGCGCCACCAACAGACCCAACGACAUCGAUUCUGCUAUUCUUCGACGAAUGCCAAAACGAUUUGCUGUACGAUUGCCAAGUGAAGCACAGAGAAGAAGCAUCCUCGAACUGCUCUUGCACGAUAUAAACCUUGCACCGAACUUCAACAUAAGCGAACUGGUACAGCGAACUGCAGAUUGUUCUGGUAGUGAUCUGAAGGAGCUUUGCCGUAAUGCUGCAAUGAUACCUAUCCGUGAAUACGUUCGCUCGGUACAGAGAGAAGGUGACACUGCUGGAUUAUCAAGUGAUAAUUUAUUGAACAUUGACACAUCAAACAUAAACAUUCGACCAUUGACUGUAGAAGAUUUCUAUUCCUAUGACGAAACAAACGCCAAAACAUAUGCUUACACACAAGGAGAAAAAGCACAUAUUCCACAACAAGAAAACCUUGACUAAUAUCAAAAGCAUUAUCUACCCGACCCAACCUAUCAACCGUUUCUAUAUACUACAACAACAGCUAUUACUACAUUGACAACCGUAUAUACACUUUCAAAAUCGACAAAGAAAAUAAAAAAUAGCCUCCUUAUUGCGCACCUAACA